GGUAACGUUCAGAUACUGAACGCGCCGCUCGAGAGCCGCGCGGAGAAGCUCGAGCGGCGGGAGGCGAGGGAGGGGAGGAGGAAGGAGGAGGCGCGCAGGAGGGCGCCGAGGAACGAGCCCGGGGAGGGUAAGGUGGAGGCGUACCUGCGGCAGAACCAAGUGAGCAUCCGACAGCAACAGAAUCGGCAUUCGGCUGUGCGGCAGGCGGAGCAUCGGGUCAAUUUGAGAUCUCUACCCUUGAACGAGGUGACCGCUCGCGGCCACGACCGGACGCCGACUGACAGACACCGCGGGUUUCCCGAGCGAGAGUCGCGCGACUACAGGAGGGAGCGGGAUAGGGAUAACUUUGAUUUUGAUGGCGAACCGCUCAGCCCGAUAGCUGCGCGCGCGCACGACAAGGACUCCAGCCGUCCCGUUCGCAAGUCGUCGUCCGCGCAGCGUGUGAACGAGACGACAAUAUCGACCGACAAGCGCCGGUUCUUCUGCCGCGAAUGGGUGUUCCAGAAGAUCGCGUACUGUCUCGAGCAGAGGGCCGUCAGUAAGACGUGCGGCGCGUUGAUUUUGGGCGAUGCGGGUAGUGGUAAAACGGCAUUAUGCCAAGAGCUCAGCCAGCCCGGCCCCGGGCCACAGGCUCGCCAGCAGCGGGCGCUGAACCGUCGCCUGCUGGCCAGGCACUUCCUGCAGGGCCCCGGCGAGAGCGCCCAGCGGCCGGGCGAGUUCAUCCGUUCGCUCGCGAUGCAGAUACUGAGCCACUCUGCGCACGCGACGCGACCGGACAGGGAGCACCCUGCCAGGGAGGCGGCCGGCAACAGAAACAAUUCGGAAGAGAACUUGAUACAACGGUUCCGUGAGAUGGGCGAAGACACGGAGGACAUCUCCAAACCGCUGCUGGGAGAUUGCGAAGAUCGCACGGAUGACGACGACGCGGGCAGCGCGCGCAGGCACAAGACGAUAGACAGACUGCACGAGCGCGACGCGUAUAUGGACUUGUUUAAAUAUUUACCGGAAAUAAUGCCGCGCACCAGCGCGAAGGCGACCAACCCGUUCGUCGAAGACGAAAUGCGCCUAUACGAGAACCACGAGAAUCUCUUUCUGCGCAACAUAUCGCAGCGCCAGUCCAGGGAGCUGCGCAGCGCCCGCCUGCUGCGGCAGAGCUCCGAGCCGCUCGCCGAGAGGAAACCGGCGACGCUGCAAAAGAGCCUCUCCACGGAGACGGAGGACCGGCGGCCGGAGAACUCGCCGCCCAAGUCGCGGAUACCGGUCGCGAAUUUCAAGUAUCCAAACCGGAGCGAGCUGAAACCGGCGGAGUCGCCGAAGAAGUCCGCAGCGGACGCGGCGGAGGCGGAGGCGGAGUACGAGAACGUUCUGGAGGUGGAGAGGAAACAGGAGGACCCGCCUCCGAUACCCUCGCUGCCGGUCAGUCAGCGGACGUUGAUCGCGAACGCGUACUACGAGAAGCUACUGUCGGACGGCGAGAUCCAGCAGGCGCUGCUGCCGCGGAACCUGGAGAGGGCGCCGGACGAGUGCUUCAAGAGGGCCAUACUGUUCCCGCUGCUGGAGAUCGACCCGCCCAAGCAGUGCUUGUUCCUGCUCGUCGACGCCAUCGACGAGGGGACGGACGGUAAAUCCGACAAUGAGAGCGGCGUGGGCGGCCUGCUGUCCCGCCACCAGCACCUGCUGCCGCACUGGUUGCUGCUGGUGGCCACCGCCAGGCGCCACUCGCGCCACCUGACCAAGAUGUUCACGGGGUUCCGCAAGAUAACGCUAGACGAGCUGCAGCGCGCCCACGUGUCGGCCGACGUCCAGCGAUAUGUGCUGGCCAGACUGGACACGGAACCUAGGUUGCGCGGUCGAGUGUCAAGUGAUUCGGCCGCAGCGGCGGCAGCUGCGGCCGCGUUGGACCAUUUGAGGAUCAAAAGCGAUGGGUGCCUGCUUUAUUUGGAGAAGGUGCUGGAUGGCGUCGCGGACGGGUUCAUAGCGUUGCGGGAGAUACGCGAAAUACCCGGCACUCUCAACGGCCUCUACCUCUGGUUGGCGCAGAGGCUGUUCCACGGUCGCCGGUUCACUAAGGUGCGUCUCUUACUGGACGUGUUGCUAGCCGCUCGGUGCGGAGUGACGGAGGAGAUGUUGUACAAGUGCCUCUUGACGAAGGAGUACAGCGUCACGAGAGAGGAUUUCAACAGGAGACUGCAUUUGUUGAGACGCGUGCUGGUGAUGGAGCGCGGGUCGGGGCACCUGCGCGUGUUCCACGCGUCGUUCGCGGGCUGGCUGCUGGACGUGAAGCACUGCACGCGCCGCUACCUGUGCAGCGCGCCCGACGGCCACGCCGCGCUCGCCAUGUGCUACACGCUGCUCGCGAGGGGACUAACCCCACUUGAAAUUCACCACUACGUGUAUCACAUGACGUACCUCGAACAGCAUCUGUCGUCGCAGAAGAAAAAUAAAAAUACAGACGAUGAAGUGCUGAACCUGCACACGCUGAUACUCCUCUGGGUUCUGGACUCUGGCUGUGACGUGGAGGCGGCGCUGAAGAGGGAGACGGAUAUAGCGAAACGCUUGGAGUGCGACACGCAGAACGAUUCGAAAACGGAAGAAAAAGACGGCGAUCCAGAGUCGGAGAGUAAAGAGUCUGCGUCAGCUGACCCCUCCACCUUGGAGAGCAUAAUGCCGGAGCUGGUGAGCGGGGAGGAGACGGCGCGCUGGCCCCGCGACAGGCGCGUGCUGCGAGCGCUCCUCGAGCUGAGCCGGACCGACGGCGCGAGGGAGCCGGACGGGGAUGUGUUGUCCACGGAUCAGCAAGUGGAGAGUGAAGAGAUCAAUGACGCGACCGGUGAUGAGCAGGAUGAUACGCUGCUGAUGGACCCGAGUACUGUACACGAGCUGGCCAGCAGGGGUGAUGAGGAGGCGCUGGCUGCUUUGCUGAAGCGCUGUCCUCAGCUAGUGGAGAGCCGCGACAGCACGGGCAGCACGGCGCUGCACGCGGCGGCGCGCAGCGGGCGCGCCGGCUGCGCCGCGCUGCUGCUGCGCGCCGGCGCCAGCGCGGCCGCCGCCGACGGCGAGGGCUGGAGCGUGCUGCGCGCCGCCGCCUGGGCGGGCCACAGCGAGGUAGUGGACGUGCUGUUGGAGCACGGAUGCGACGUGGACUGCGUGGACGCCGACAAUCGAACCGCCCUACGCGCGGCGGCGUGGUCGGGGCACGAGGCGGUGGCGGCGCGGCUGCUGGCGGGCGGCGCGGCGCCGGACCGCGCCGACGCGUGCGGCCGCACCGCGCUCAUGGCCGCCGCCUACAUGGGCCACGCGGACAUCGUGCGCAUGCUGCUCGACGCCGGCGCCGACCCCGACCGCGCCGACGAGGACGGGCGCACGUCGCUGGCGGUGGCGGCGCUGUGCGGCACGGGCGCCGCGUGCGCCGCGCUGCUGCUGGAGCGCGGCGCCGACGCGGCGCGCCGCGACCGCGACAACGCCGCGCCGCUGCUCGUGGCCGCCUUCGAGGGGCACACGGAGAUUUGCGAAGUGCUACUCGAAGCGGAAGCGGAUAUAGAAGCCACAGACUCUGCUGGACGUACGGCGCUAUGGGCGGCCGCUUCCGCCGGACACGCGGCAACUGUUCGUUUGUUGCUUUUCUGGGGCGCUUGUGUGGACACUAUGGACGCUGAGGGGAGAACUGUAUUAAGCACUGCGGCUGCGCAGGGCAACGUGGAAGUGGUACGUCAGCUGUUGGACCGCGGGUUGGACGAGCACCACCGGGACAACUCGGGCUGGACGCCCUUGCAUUACGCCGCUUUUGAAGGCCACAUAGAAGUCUGCGAAGCGCUCCUGGAGGCGGGCGCGAAGGUCGACGAAGCGGACAACGAGGGGAAGGGGCCGCUGCUGCUGGCGGCGCAGGAGGGACACCUGGACCUGGUCACCUUGCUCGUGGACAAGUGGAACGCGCCCGUGGACCAGCGGGCGCACGACGGCAAGACCGCGCUCAGGCUGGCGGCGCUGGAGGGGCAGUUCGAGACGGUGGCGUGGCUGGUGGCGCGCGGCGCGGCGCUGGACGCGCUGGACGCGGACCGGCGCAGCACGCUGUACGUGCUCGCGCUCGACAACCGGCUCGCCAUGGCGCGCCAGCUGCUCGCCGCCGGCGCCGCCGUGCACUGCUGCGACACCGAGGGUCGCACGCCAUUGCACGUGUCGGCCUGGCAGGGUCACACCGAGAUGGUUAACCUGCUCAUUAAAGUUGGCGGCGCGGCGGUGGACGGGCGCGACCGGUGCGCGCGCACGGCGCUGCACGCGGCGGCGUGGCGCGGCCGCGCGGCGGCGCUGCGCGCGCUGCUGGCGCACGGCGCCGACCCGGCCGCGGUGUGCACGCAGGGCGCCACGCCGCUCGGCAUCGCAGCGCAGGAGGGUCACGAGGAGUGCGUGCUGUGGCUGCUACAGCACGGGGCCGAUCCGCUCCAGGCGGAUCAUUGCGGUCGAACGCCCGCUAAAGUGGCGUGGCGCGCCGGGCACGCGAACAUAUGCCGCCUGCUGGAGCGCUGGAGCGCGCCCUCCGCGCCGCUCGCGCUCACGCCGCACGCGCAGGACGACGACCUGCUGGCGCCGCUGCGGACGGGCUCGCCGGAAUACAAGCGGCGAAGCGUGCACAGUUCCAACUCCACUAAGUCAUCGUCGAAUCUCACUGGAGGCUCGAACAGAUCUCAUGAACAAGACGACAAUGUGGAUAAGGUCGCGAAGCCGGCGCCGUCGCUGUCGUUCGCGCAGCAAGUGGCGCGCUGCGGCUGGGCGCGGCGCGAGCGCGCGCGCGGCGACCGGCCCGCGCCCGCGCCCGCCCCCGCGCCCGCGCGCGACUGCGACGCCAAGCUCAGAAAUAGCGCGGUGUUUCUGGCGUCCAGACUUGCGUAUAACAAGUUUGUGGGAGGGCUCGGGAGAGCGAGAGGGAAGAUAUUUAAGAAAACCAAAAACAAGAGGAACGGUAUAGUCACGAAUCCGGCGAUGCGAUUGGUCGCCAACGUUAGAAAUGGCUUGGACAACGCCGCGGCAAAUAUUCGUCGCACGGGCGUGGCGCUGGCCGCCAGCGCCAGCUCGGCCAACCCGGCUGUCAAGACCAACGCUUUCCAGUGGAGGAAGGAGACACCAUUGUAAUAUGACUGGGCCAAUGUGGGCCAAUGUAGGCCAAUGGAUACCAAUGUGGGCGGGGAUCGCCACACAUUCUCAAAUUGAUAAAGCCGUGUGGCUUAAUUCAAGACGUACUGAAUGUUGGUCAAUGGUGGAUAUUGUUUAAUGAUUGCUUAAGUCAAAUUUGUAGUCAGCUGGGCUUUUUUUGUGUACGCGUUUGGCCAACGUUGGCCAUCAAUUGGAGGGGUUGGCUCAAAGUUCUGAUUUGAUAAAUUUCUUUGUUAAGUUGAACGCGAUAUUUGAUUUGUAUUUACACAUUUUGUGUCUUCAGUUUUUAUAGACGUCCGUUACGGUUUGACGUAUGUUUGAUCGUAUUUGACUAGAUUGUUGAAUUUGCUGUGUCAAAUUUAGAAUUUGAUGUCACUUAGAACCUUUUUAACGUAUCCCAUAUGGCUUGUUCGAAUUAAACUAUUUAAUAUUAUUAUUAUUAAAUUGGUUUAAUAUGACUGUAUUUUGGGAUAAAGCAAACAUCGCCAGCAACGGUUCAGUUCCUUAAUGUUCUGUCAAGCGUGGUCAAACGAUGUCGAAUAUGGCCCAACUUGGGCCAACUGAUCGACAGUUGGUGAUAUAGUUUUACUCGAAUAAAUAGAUCAAUGACUGUUGCAAUACUAUAUUAUAUAUAAUACAAAGUAGUAAUAUUUCGUUUUAAAUAUAUUAUGUUUAACGAUUUGAUUCCGAGAUAAUUUUAAUUUCUCGAUAAAAAGACGAGUGAAAUCAAUCUUUUUAACCAACUUUUAAAAAGGGUGUUACUGACCUGAAGUUGAAAACCAGAUUGAAAUGUAUCUACACUGAGAUACUCACAUCAAGGUUAAGCAAUAUUAAUUUUAAAAAGGGAUAUGUAUAUUAUAUUAUAGUGUGUUAGACAGAGAUGGAUAUGCUUCUUUCUCGUUCUAACGAGUAUAAUGAAUAUAGGAUUAAAACGAAUAUUGUUACAGUAAAUACUUUAUGUAAUAUUAAAACAGCAUUACAUGUAAUCAAAAUAAAAAAAAAAUGAAGUGCGGAUAAAGAAAAAUAGUACAAAGUUAUAAUGUACUAAAAUAUAAUGAAAACAUCAUAAUUAUUGGUUUAAUAAAUAGAGGUAAAUAAGAAAAAUACUUUAAAACAAGUGAAAGAAAUCGAUUAAUAAAAAUAAAAACUCAUUAAAAAGAUAAAUAACUCAAUCAACUGACUCAUAAAUAGCUAUCAUUCGCUCAAUGCUUACGACGUAUUUGUUUGUUUAUAUUUUGUAUAAAAAAAAUAAAUAUAAUACCUUUACAUUGAUAUAAUCCAUGUAAUAAAGAACAGAAAACACAACCCUCCUUUCAUUCGUAAUUGGGUUUUUAUUAAGCGAGCGAGGUCAUGGGCGGACUAAGAUCUAACUAGCUUUUUGAUAAAAAAGAAAUGUUUCGUAUAAAAAUAAAUUUAAAUUGGUGCAUUUUUUUGUAUUAUUAAUGAGGUGUUUGUGUAUUUAUUUUUAGCGAUCUCAAAUUGAACAAUAUUUUUUUUUUUUUACUUGCAUUUAAGCUGAAAUGCCUAGUCGAUACUUACGUAGGUGCCUAUUUGCGAAAUCUAUUUUAAUGUAGCUGUUAUAAUAAAAGAUAUAUUCGUUGUUGCCAGUGUAGAAGAGAUAUUUUAUACGCGAUAUUUUUUUUCUACACUGGCAACACAAAUUUAAUGUAAGUAGGUUAUAAAAUUAUAUGGUAACACCAAUCAGAAGUAAGCUAUUUUUGUGUGAGAACGCAUACAGAUUAUAACAAAUACGUAAUUUUAAUAAAUGCAUAAAUAUUGUAUUUAUAAUAUGUAGUAAGUAUAUUAGGUGGAUUUUGCGUUAAGUGCUUUUAAAAAUCAAUAUAUUUUUGUCUCAAAGAUGAUUAUAUGUAUUUUUUAAUAAAAAAAUGAGAUUUGCAUAAAAAUUUGUUUAUUCCAUAAAAAGAUCUUUAGAUUUGUUUAGAUUCCUUUGAAUAUAUAAAUAUUAAGUU